UGUACUGAAUCUGCCUACGAUUUCAUCUUUAGCGAAUGAUAAUGACGUGAAUAAAUGGGGGAAAAUACCCCUUUCAUACGGAAGUGUUCCCAAAGUGGCGUCUUAACUGACCAGACCUAUUCAUGGUAAAACAGGAACAUGUAAAUUGAAACUAGGAGUAGUCACUUUGAUUUGCUUCACUAACUUUCCUAUGUUUUCAGUUGCAAAGGCUCGGGUAAUGGGGGUUUAUUAAUAGGCUCUAAUCCAACGAUUUCUGUUUGAUUUGCAUGAAAAUUAUUACGAAGAGGUCAACCUGCCGGGGAAUUUUCAAAAGUUUCAAGAAGGCGGGAUUAGAGAUCUUAAUGAUUCUAAAAAUACAUACCCACAUUAUCUUUACUUAAUGGAAUGCUGGACGUCUGGUUACGGGAUAUAAAUGAAAUCCCGAGCAGCUUCUUUCUCAUAAAUCUUCGAAAACCGAUCAGUAGACCUGACUUGACUGGCACAGGACUUAACCUGAUUCUUCAUAUUGUACACUAUUCCAUUUCGGUACAACACGUGGCUGGUUGCGAGUUCUGUCAUUAUCUUAUUUUAAUCAUGAAGGUGGCGGCGAUGUUCACUUUUCGUACCUUGGUGGCUCUGUUAUGUUUAAGUGGGAUAAUCGAUUCAGUGAUUAGCCAACAUUGUCGUGUUCCUUUUAACCAACCCGAAUACUUACCCUCUUACCAGGAAACUGAUAUCAUUUUGAGAACUUCUCCGCGUACUCUUGCUAUUCAUCCAAGGAACGUACUUCACUACCGUUCCGACGUCGAACAACCGGUCGCCGAGGAACUCGAAUGCGGGGAUCCACUCUCACAAGCUGGUGCCGUACGAUCACCACAGAAUACCGGUCUGUGUCCAUGGGAGUACAUAGCUGAUCACAAUGCAACGAGGAUUCCACAUACUAUCUACAAGGCAAGGUGUCUCAGUUGCACCGGGGAGUGCAUCAACCCAGUGAACAACUCAGCUAAAAUCAAUCGAUUGUUUUCAAAAUGCACCGAAGUGUAUCACAACAUCAAAGUCCUUUUCCGAUCAGAUAAUCCGUGUGUUGGUCAAACUGGUUUAUUACGAUUUGAAGAGCGUGUGAUCAGCAUUCCCGUUGCUUGCGUGUGCGCGAGAUUGUAGUUCCAGCAUUACGGGUCUAUGAAAGUAUUCUGUUUAUUAUACUCUACAGUAUUCAACAACAGUAUUCUGAAAUGUGAAAGUACAAUGAAAUAAAGACUGCGAGUUUAGAAAAUAUCGACACUCGUGAUAGAUAGCGCUAUUAAUCACCAGUGGUGAUCGGGAACAUGUCAUUCAGACGUUAUCAUCACUCACGAUGGAUAGUGCUAUCAAUCACCAGUCGUGAUCAGUAACAUGCCAUUGAGAUGUUAUCAUCACUCACGACGGAUAGUACUAUCAAUCACCAGUGGUGAUCAGUAACAUGUCAUUCAGAGGUUAUCAUCACUCACGACGGAUAGUACUAUCAAUCACCAGUCGUGAUCAGUAACAUGCCAUUGAGAUGUUAUCACUCACGACGGAUAGUACUAUCAAUCACCAGUGGUGAUCAGUAACGUGUCAUUCAGACGUUAUCAUCACUCACGACGGAUAGUACUAUCAAUCACCAGUCGUGAUCAGUAACAUGUCAUUGAGACGUUAUCAUCACUCACGACGGAUAGUACUAUCAAUCACCAGUGGUGAUCAGUAACAUGUCAUUCAAACAUUAUCAUCACUCACUACGGAUAGCACUAUCAAUCGCCUGUGGUGAUCAGUAUCAUGUCAUUCAGACGUUAUCAUCACUCACGAUGGAUAGCGCUAUCAAUGGUAGUGGUGAUCAGUAACAUGACAUUCAGACGUUAUCAGGAAAUGAUAUCCAUAACCAACGAACGUAGAGGGCAGCAACACGAUUGUGUGUUGCUGCCCGCUACGUUCGUUGUCGAUAACCAUUACUAGUAUUGUAGAAACCAAGUAUCAUCUUGAAGCUGCUGCAGUAUUAGCCAAAAGGGCAGUAUUUAUCUUUUGUUUAAAAAAAAUCACAAUAGUUUGCUUGUUGUUGAUUUAUUUUCAUAAUUCUAGAAUGUUUUGCAUUUUAUACUAUUGUUAAACUCUGUAUCCAGGUAACAUGGAUACACAUUUUUGAGUAACUUUCGUUAUAGAAAGAUUUAUAUUGGUGUUGGUACUGAAAUUCAAACUCCACGCUCAGUGGUUGGCCCAUGCAUGCAUAAUUACUAUACGCUAGUGAGACCAGGGGCAGUGGGCCAACGUUUUAAUAUAUAUAAAAAAGAAUAGAGAGUUUUGUGAUGCAUUUCCACGUAACAUUUCUCUU